AUGAAUACUCCUUCAGCGAAUAUCCUGUUCAAAUGGAACUAUUAUGGACACGAGAGGGUUGUAAACAGGAUGAUACUCCUUUCACACCAUUACUCUCCCAAAAAAUCGUACUCCAGCGGUGAUUUUACUCAUAAAGGCAAAACCCUUGACACAUUAUGCUUCUGUCUGUAUAAUCGCACUCCAGGUGAUCCAUAUAGCUCCACUACUCGUACCUUUAUAGAAUAG